UGCUGCUUUGUUUACAUUUAUGUGCGUUCGAUCGGAAAUCGAAAUCAAAAACUGAAAUUUGUAAACGGCUCUUUAAAACCUGAUAAAUAUGUCGUCAUCCGAAGAAACACAGUCAAGCGAAAGCGAUCAGGAACAAGAUAAAUUCAGCAUCCACAAGGGGCCCAGUGAAGAAGAAGAGAAUCAAAGUUCCGACUCGAGCCAGGAAGACGAUGAUGAAACAUCCGAUGAGGACGAUAAGCCCAAAUUAGCAGAUGAGGACUUCCGGCAGAUGUCUUUCCAGGAUUUGUUGCAGCUCAAACGUAGACUGGGUUCGAAGGUUUACAACGAGGCUGUGUUCGGGAAACAUAAUUUGGAGAAGAAAAAAGAAGGACCUCAGAAACCGAAGGAAACAAAAGGAAAACGUAAGAUUUCCUCCGCGGCCAACAGUAGCGAUUCUGACGGACCACCGGAAGAGGUGAGUGCUAAGCGAAAAGUUCCAGCUUUGGGUGUGUCGGGCAAAAAAGCGCGAAAAGCGGAGCAAGAACGAGGCCGAGAUCCACGAUUUGACAGCCGACAGGGCUAUUUCAGUGGCCGCAAAUUCCGGGAGCAGUACGGUUUCCUGAACGACAUGCGUAGCAGCGAGCUAACUAAACUACGGAAACAGCUUUCCAGAACGGACGAUCCGGUCGAGACCGAACGUAUUAAAUUUGCCAUGCAGCGAACACAAAAUCAGAUGCGCGAAUUCGAAAAGCAGAAACUGCUGGACCGGAAACGGGUUGAGGAACGGCAAAAUGCCCGAAAAGCCAUCGACGAGGGCAAACGACCGUUCUACGAAAAGCAAAGCACCAAAAAGGCACGACAGCUGCUGGAAAAGUACACCGAACUGCGGGAAACCGGUAAACUGGGCAAACACAUCGACAAACGGCACCGAAAGAUUACUGCCAAGGACAGGAAAAAGUUGGACUUUGAAACGUAGUCACUGAUACGCUAAUUUGUUUUUUUUUUCGAAUAAAUUAAUCAGAGUAUGUAUAAACGUUAACAGGUUUGAAAAUCAGAAUUAUGUGGAAAUCCUGGAAACUUUAAUUUCAAGCACAACAAGAUUGAAAGGUUCAGUCGGAAGAAAU